UUAGUCAUUUCUUAAACCUACUACAGGUAUGUUCACUACAAUAAACGGAACGCGAACAAUGUUAAAGUUACUUUAAAAGUUUUUAUUUAAAAAAAGCAAAACACUCCAAACGUGCAGGUGUCUAAAAUAGUGGAAUGAGCGCGCGCGUCUUUCAAUUAAGAUAGACUUUGUAAUAAAAAGAACAAUAAAACAAAAACAUUUUAAGAAGAAACGGAGAAUUUUUAAUUAGUAAUAAAAAAAGUUUAAAUUCAAGUUUAAUUUGUAUACAAAAUGAAACGUCUUAAAAGUGUAGCUCGUAUUAGUUUCGAUUUACUAAUAUUCGCUGGCUUAUGCUUAUCGGAAGUGGCUUUACGCAAAUGGUUUAAGCCCUAUAAACGUGGUUUCUUUUGCAACGAUGAAUCACUGCAGUAUCCCUAUCGAGAAAGUACCAUUGGCACAGUGUUAUUGGUAGUCAUAGUUUUGGCUGUACCCUCUUCAGUUAUGGUUGUAGUGGAAUUAUUUAAGCAACUUUCACCUACGCCCAUUGAAAAAAGGAAAUCCUCACAACAGGCCAAUACGAAAUCGGGCUGUCGUAUAGGUGAAAGGUUAAUGCACUGUUACAUGCAAAUAGGUUAUUAUCUAUUUGGUUUGGCUUUGUGUUUAGUCUCUACCCAUAUAACCAAGUACACAGUGGGUCGUUUAAGGCCUCAUUUUUUUGCUGUCUGUCAACCUCAACUACCGGAUGGUUCUACUUGCAAGGAUUCCUUUAAUUUUGGCCGUUAUAUAGAGGUUUAUGAGUGUGUGGGACAAAAUCAUACGGCUAAUACUUUAGCCCAACUAGGACAAUCUUUUCCCAGUGGUCAUGCUAGCAUUUUCUUUUAUAGCAUGGUCUAUUUGGCCAUUUAUCUGCAGGCAGCUUUAAGCACUCGAGCCUCUAAAUUGUUAAAACAUUUGCUGCAAUUUAUAUUCAUUAUGUUUGCCUGGUAUGUGGCUUUGACACGCAUUUCCGACUAUUGGCAUCAUUGGUCCGAUGUGGUAGCUGGUACUAUUUUGGGUUCUUUAAUAGCUUUUGUGGUGGCGGUAUUUGUGGCUAGAAUCUUUGUGAGAAAACCUAUGAGAAGUAAUGGUAAUGUGGCACCCAAACCACCUGCCAAACCAGCUGCUUCACCUACCAAUUCAUCAGCUAAAUCAAAUAAUUCACCGCCCGUUUUACCGGCCUAUACUUUUGGAACUUUGCCCUAUUUGCCGCAUCCUCAUGCUGCUACAGCGGCUGCUGUAGCUGCCGCUGCUGCCCAGCAACAGGCUCAAUAUGCCCAAACCUAUCAUAAUUAUGGCUACGUGCCUUAGACAUGCAACCAACAACAACAAUAAAUGAUUCAUGAUAAUACUGGCAAAUGAUGAUCGUGAUGACGCUGUUGCUGCUGCUGCUGUUGUUGAUGAUGUGAAAGUAGUCAAACGUGUGAGAGCCUUUAAAAAAACAAAAAAAAAACAUGUUGCAUGCACCAAAAACAUGUUAAAAAUUAAAAAUUUUUGCGUGCCUAUUUUUGGUUGUUUGUUUUUUUAUAUUUUUUAUUAUUUUUAUUAUUUUUUAAGUUUUAAAUUAAUCUCUAACGAAAAAAAACUUGUCUUCACUUAGUUGUAGUUAGUUAGUGUGCAACCAAAUAUAGCAAACAAAAAAAGCAGCCACAAAAUGCUGUACAUAUUUGUUGAAAACAAAAACUAUGUAAUUUUGUAAUUUGUCUAUGUGUGUGUGCAUUUUAUAUGCCUUCACUUUGUUAUUAAUUAUUUUUUUUAAAUAGUGCUGCCUGCCUGUCCACCUUCAGUAACUAAAUGUUUUCUUGAUUGCUCUUCUGUCUUUUUGGUUUAGUAGCCUGUAUAUAGAUUUAUAAGUUUUUCUUUCUUCUCUCCACACUUUUUGUAAUAAAGUUUUUACUUAUGCUUGCAGCUUGUAUGUAAGUUACAAAACACAGUGGAAGCUCUUAAAAUGGGUUGGAAUCCAAAAAUGGUAUUUUAGGUUUUGUUGGAAUGGUGUAAGCCAAGAUUGUGAAAUAUUCAAUUGGACAAUUAAAAGCAUUAGUAACCUAUUGUUUAAGCUGGUUUAUGUUGUAGUCAUUUUCUGUAAACAAUUGUAAUAGUCACAUGAUCGAUCUCACAUGAUCGUCCUCCCCAGGACAAUUAAACGGAAUUUAAAUCUACGAUCAAUAAUUUUUAACUCCCUAUUUCAAAGAGUACAAAGAAAGUUCAAUAUCCAGCGUAUCUAAAAAAAAACUCUCACAUGAACACACCUUACAUGAUCGUCCUUCCGAGGACAAUUAAACGUAAUUUCAAUUUAUGAUCAAUUAGUUGUUAACUCUCUAUUUCAAAGAGUACAAAGGAAGUUCAACAUCUUUGUAUUUUUUAACCACUUUUAGGAGCAAGUUUUCAACUCCUUCUUAUUCAAAACUGAUUCAGUUAAGUGCAAACUACAAGAGAUCAGCUUAAACUUAAAGCAUAAUCUGUUCACACUAAACCGAUUAAUUGCCUGAUCAUGUCGCUUCUUUAUGAACAAGUUUUCAAUUCAUUCUUAUUCGAAACUGAUUCAGUUAAGUGCAAACUACAAGAGAUUUUGCUUAUACUUAAAGCAAGAUCUGUUCACACUAAAUCAAUUAUUUGCCUGAUCAUGUCACUUGAAAGAUUACUUACUAAAUACCCAAGUUUCUUCUUUAGGAUUAAGUUUUCAACUUUUUCUUAUUCAAAACUGAUUCAUUUAAGUGCAAAAUAAAAGAGUUUAACUGGCUCAAACUUAAAGCAUAAUCUGAUCACAUAGAAUCAUUGAAAAGUUGUGCCAAUCGAACCAAUCGAUGAUUCAUACUUUAUUACCCCAUCGCCAAGGGGAGUGAAAUUUUGUUUGUUCCCUUCAAAUUUCCAUUCCAAAAGGAAACAUGUUCCUGACAAUAUGUCCUUUUCAAGGUAAAAUAUCCUCACCGAAGUUAGUAAAGAAUUUCCCAACUAAGUGAUUUAUAUAUCAACCGAAUUCUUUGCCAAGAAUAGAACGUUUAGAUAUUCCUCAGCCUGUACUUGGUUACUCUGAAAGGAAGCUUCGGCAACUCAGACUCAAUGAAUUGUGGACAAAUUGUCCUCUUCAAUGUGAAAUAUCUUCACAGCACUUAAUGAAUGAUUUCCCAACAAAGUGAUAUAUGUAUCAACCGGAAUUGAUUUCCUCCGGAAAGAUCCUUUAGAUUAGAAAGAUUAAUUUAGACUCAAGACAUUGUGAAAAAUCGGUGCCUUGCAGUGAGAAUGAUCUUCAUAGCUAUUGAUCGUUGAUGUUCUACUCCAUGAGAGAUUUAACAACCACUAAAAUUGUGGACAAUUGAAUCAUCAUACCGACUUCGCAUUCGAUUACUAAAUUGCUGGAGUUUUACCCGCACAAUGAGAAAUUUGUCAACCAAAAUUGGUUUUCUCUGGAAAGAAUUUUUGACACUUCAAGAGUGACAACGAGAAAAAUCGUCAUCAGUGAGAGAGAUAAAACAACCAAUUCAAGAAUUGUGGGCAAUUGGAUCUUUAUAGCAAAAUUACCGAAGGAGAAUUCGAAAAAAAUAGUUUAUUUAGUGCGAGUUGUUUCAAACUGAAGUCAUUGAAUUGUCGACUAUUUAAUCAUAAAAUUGUAUAGAGGAGUGACUUCAUCCUUGUCUAGAAAUGCGCAUUCGGCAAUAGAUGUCUCAAAUGGACUUUGAUUCUUUUAGAAAGAUCUUUCUUAAACUUAAAUGCGUUUCAAAUGUCAAACUGUUUGAUCAAACGUAAUCGGUUGAGAUAAUGUAACAAAGGCGAUAUGUAGAAUGAUCAAAGAUAAUUGUCCUUGUUUAGACAUGUCCUUGUUUAGACUUGGUUCUCGAUUCCUUAACGAGUUUAAGAAUAAAGUUUUAUAUUGUAUUUUUAUCACAAUUAAUAUAAAUAGUAAAGGUCACAAAUAGGGAACUAAAACGACUGAUCUUGUGCACUGAUCUUGCGAAGCUAAUUCUAUGCAAAUUCUAUUGUCCUUGUUCAGACAUGUAAAUUGUUGACUUUAACGAGUUUUAGAAUGAUUUUUUUAAUUUUAUUUUUAUCACAAUGAAUAUAAUACAAAAAACGUGGCUACUGCUAAAGAUUUUCAUUUCAAGAAAAUUUUAAGAAUCUUGCCAGGAUCAAGGGAGAUCAACCACAUCGCCUAAGAACAACAGGUUACCUGAGCAACAGAUUUGUUAAAAAUGUCAAAAAUAUUUUUCUAAUCUAAUUAUUAAUUCACAAAUUCCAACCCACUUUAAAAGCUUACACUGUAUCUAUAUAAUAAUAUUAUUAAUUUGUUGCAAUAUAAUUUUACACAUAUACAUAUGUAUAGUUUAUAAUUUAUUUAAAAAAAUUUUUUAGUUAAAAUUCUUAAGCAAAAAUGUAAACUCUUAUUGGUAGUUAAAAUUUACAUAAAUAAUUUAUAUUAAACAAAAAUUUUAUAAUAAUCUUAAGACUGGAUUUAAAAAAAUUAAAAAAAAAAACAAGAAAAAAAAAUACUA